AUGCAAAUGUUAAUUAGCUUGGCAAUAAUAACAGUACUACAACUGCAUUUGAUACUUUCUAAAAUGGAACAUAAUAUCAACUACUGGAUUGAAUUGGAACUUCAAACAGUACACUGGAAGCCAACAUGUUUGACAACAGGCGGAUGUGCUAAUCCACGUUUUAGAAUCUCGAAAUCAAACAAAUUUAAUGCUGAAAUUAUUUCAAAACAUUCUCGAAAAUUCAUCACUCAUUGGAUAUAUGGUAAACCUCAUGAAAUCACUCUUGAAUGUGAAGUUAUCGGUAUGGAUCCAUUAUAUGGAUUCUCACGAACAUGUGAUUCCACACAGAAUAUUGAAAUAUUCAGAGAAAAUAAUGAAAUUCAGGAACUUAAUAAUUAUCGAACGUUAGCAUCAGAAGAUGAAUUAUCAUUAGAUGAACGACAUGGUAAACUUAUUGUUGAAAUUCGAGCUAAAUGUUUCAAUGCUUCAUUUGUCGCCCGAAAAUAUACGAAAUAUUGUCCAUGGUGUUUAGCAAAGGAUGAUAUGACACUUGUCGAAUCAGCACCUGAGUAUGAGUCAAUCGAAGAAGAUGCUACAACUAGAAGGAAUUUGGUUGAGAAAUUUGCGCAAAUUUUCCUCGGAGAACAGACUUUAUUAAUAUUUCUGCUAAGCUUAUCAUUGAUAAGCCUACUAGGCUUGAUUUGCUUACUCCUAGUUGUUAGCAAACAACGUCACUUCAUAUCAUUACUGCAGAAACAAUCCCAGCCUACCAAUCAUCUUAAUUCAUACCUUUACUCGGAGCAACUUGCCAAAUCUGCUAAAAAUGUUGAUGAUAGGUACGAUAUUCCGUGGGAUCAAAAAUGUACCAUAAAACGAUUUUGGAUUAAUGAAAAUUCGAAUGUCAACGAUGGCAAUACAGUGAUCGGUUCGAGGAUAUUGAAUCGUACUUCAGUUCCAGCUCUAACCUAUCUUCCACGUAGAACAACGAUCACAGGAACCAUAUCAACAAUGUCAAAACGAUUGUCACCCAAUUCGUCAUUAUAUGAAUAUCACGAAGAUAGUGGUCUAGAAUCUGUCUAA